AUGGAGGGGAUUUGCUGCGCGUGUUCUCAGAAUCCCACAAUGAGGCGCCGGAGGCGCUGUCGACUUCACACGUGGCGUCGAUGCGGUCUCCCUUUUUGCAGAAGAUGUACGUGUGGGAGUUGGUUGCGUGUACCCACGGCGGAGACAAACCAGUCAUUUCCGCUCCGAUUCAAGUCAGGAAUGACGGUCUACCACAUGUUUGGUGGAACCACAAAGGGCACGUGCGCUGCCGGGCCCGACAGGCCCAUAAGCAGCGAAGCGAAGGAGGUAGAACAGGCGAGACGGGGUGGUGACGUCAACUCGUUGGCGCCCACACGUUUGAUGUUUCUGGGCCGCUCCUCACUUUACGCAUUGAAGAGUUUGGACGCAAGAAAUUGGUGUUUGUGA